AUGGAAAGAGAACGUGGAUUGUGGAAAUGUUUACUAGUUGAAAGAACUUGUUCGUUGACCGAUUCCUUACUUGAAAGUCUUGAGGAAGAAGAUUCAGAAAAUGAAAAAGUUGAUUCAAAAGGAGAUUCUUCUGAUAGUAAUUCAAGGAAACAUGGACGCGAGGAUGAUGAUGAUGAUCUGAGUAUGUUGUCAUCAAGUGAUGCGGAUUCUAUAGUUUUGAAUAAUAUUUCUUUGGAGCCAUCCGAUGAUAUUUUGAGAAAGCACGGACGCGAUGAGACUAUGUUGUUGAAUGAGAUUGAUACCGUUUCGUCUCUAUUCAAGAGUUUCAAACGACAAAGGUGUUACUAG